AUUUCCUUGACUUGGGAUUUAGACAGAGAGGGUCAGCACAGCAAUGGCACUCACUCGGAUACAAACAAAGGUUUACAAGCCCAUGGCUAAACUAGAGGGUCUCGGGAAGAUUCAUCAUGUUACAGCCUGUCAGUCAAACAAAAUCAAUGAUGUCAAAGGGGAUCUUUUCAGCUGUCCUUCUACAGACUCCCUUGCCCACUGUAUCAGUGCUGACUGUCGUAUGGGAGCUGGGAUUGCUUUGCAGUUUAAGAAAAGAUUCAAAAGAGUUGAAGAACUGAAAAGUCAAAAUAAGAAGAAAGGUGAUGUUGCAGUUUUGGAACAUGGAGGAAGAUAUAUUUACUACCUGAUUACAAAGGAUAAAGCAUCAGGAAAGCCAACAUACGAGGAUUUUACUCUAAGUCUACAAGCCAUGAAACAACAUGCUGUGUGUAAUAAUGUUACUAGACUUUCCAUGCCUAGAAUUGGAUGUGGCUUAGAUCGCCUCGAGUGGAAAGAGGUCUUCUCUAUUUUACAGGAAACCUUCAGAGACACAAACAUACAGAUCUCUGUCUAUACCCUGUGACUUAAUGGCGCUGCUGACAACGUUGAUGCUAUGGUAUUCAUAAAACAGUCGAGAUUCAAUCACUUUUUACUUGUUUGUAAAUAUUGUAAUUAAAUACAUGAUCUGGCCCUUUAUACAGCAAGAAUGAAUAUGAUACUGAAAACCUAAAGCUGUUUAAGAAAGUGGACAUCAAUCAUUUGUAUUAUUCACGACAGUGUCCAUUUUUCUCCAUGGCCAGUUCUAUCCCAGCCUACCAGUAAUAAUGUUCAGAAGAAAUUUGUCUAGAACGAACUAGCAGAAUAGUUAGAUAUAUUUAGAGAGAGAUUAAGGCUACAUCUACUUUUACCUCCCUCGUCCACACGUACUCUCAUAACCAAAACCACCUUUUUCAACACUUUUAAAUCCCUACUAUGCCUUGCUGCAAACCACCAAACACGAACCACACAAGCCAAGUUUAUUUUUAUUUAUUUUUUCAUAUUACUUUAUUGACAAAAUUAGGUAUGGCAUCUUCCCUCCUUCACCCACAAAUUCACUUUGAGAAGAGAAGGUUUCUACAAGACUUCUAUCUUCUCACAACAUCACUCUCUCUACCCCUAUCUCUCUUAAUGGAAAAGAUGUGUCAAAACACAUCCAGACCCAAACUACUAUCCAGCUAAAAAAUGCCCAGAAUAGUCCAAUUGAUACUGUGCACACCUAGGCUACAUAGUAUCAAUGUUUGUAUUCCUGACACUAUAGCGCUCCAAUCUCCUUUUCUCCACAGUCUUCUUUUUCUUCUGACACUGUCUUCUCUCCUCCAUGGCUCCUUCUGCUCUUUUACCUUUCUGCUACUUUCUGCUUAUUUUGCUUCCCCUUCUGCUCCUUUCUCUUUCUGAUGCCUUUCUGCUCCUUGCAACACUUUUCUGCUUCUUCUCCUACUUUACCUUUGUGCUCCUUCUGAUUCUUUCGGCUCCUUUACCUUUGUGCUCCUUCUGAUUCUUUCGGCUCCUUUACCUUUGUGCUCCUUAUGUCCCUUUCUGCUGUUUGCAGUCCCUUCCUGCUAAUUUCUGCUCCUACUUUACGUUUGUACUCCUUCUGCCCCUUCAGGCUCACUUCUGUUCCUUCUACUACUACUACUACUACUACUACUUUACCGUUGUGCUCCUUGCUGACCCUUCUUGCUCCUUGCUGACCCUUCUUGCUCCUUAUUGCUCCUUCUCCCCUUCUCUACCUUUUGUGCUCCUCGCUGUCCCUUUCUACUCCUUGAUGUCCCUUCCUGCUCAUUUCUGUUUCUUCUCCUUUCUGCUCCUUCUCUUAUUUUACCUUCCUGCUCCUUGCUGACCCUUUCUGUAGGCUACCUCCCCCCAUCACUCACCUGAUCUAUAGGCUGUCUUCCUCCCCCCCCAUCCCUCACUUACUUGAUCUGUAGGUGGAUCCCCCAU